CCCGAGAUCACGUGCACAUCCCACCUGGGGACGAUAAGUGUGUCCCACAUAAAAUUUCCCUCGCCCCUCCAUCCUUUGCUGGGUCCGAUUGUGUUGGCUUGUUCCUUUUAGCCUUGCGUAUAGCGCAUUACGUUCUUUCACUUCUCUAAUACCAACGAGGUCUUAUAUUGCUCAAAAUGCCGCCUUCCAAGUGGGACGAAGAAGAAGAGGAGAGCCCCGCGCCUCCUAUCGUUGCUGCGCCCCGUCGCCGCUUCGACGAUGAAGAGGAAGAAGAUGUCCUUGACUCAUGGGAUGCCGCCGAAGACUCCGAGGUAGAGCGUGAGAAGGCCAAGAAGGCCGCCGAAGCCGAGGCCAAGGCCAAGGCCGCCGCCGCCGCCAACAAGAAGACCAAAGCCCAGCGGAUAGAGGAGCUCCGGGAGCAGCGCCGACGCGAGGGGGACGGCGACGAAUCCGAGAGCGAGGAUGAGGCAGACCGCCGCGCUCGUCUGCGCAAGACGGAGCAGGAAGCCGAUCUUGCCCACGCCGAGGAUCUUUUCGGCUCUGUUGAUGUCAAGCCCAACAAGGGUGCCCCCAAGGCCGUCGUUGUCAGCGACUCAGCCGACCCCACCAAGUCUGUCGAUCUGUCCGCCAUGCCGCUGUUCAAGCCCGUCACCAAGGACCAGUUCACCCGCCUGACCGAGACCCUUGUGCCGCUCCUCACCCCGCACUCCAAGAAGGCUCACUACUCUCUCUGGACGCAGGACUUCACCCGUAAGCUUGUGAAGGAUUUGCCCAGUGCUGAGAUCAAGAAGAUUGCUAGUGCUCUCACUACUGCUUCCAAUGAGAAGAUGCGCGAGGAGCGUGCUGCCGACAAGGGCAAUAAGAAGUCCAAGGCAGCGAAGACCAAGAUCUCGCUGAAUGCUAGCCGCGACCCCCAUGUCGAUAACACCAACUACCAGGGUGAUGAUGAUCUUGGGGAUGAUGACUUUAUGUGA